GCCGCCUCCUCCGGGCUCCCCGGCGCCGCUCGGCUCCCGGGCGGGCGGCAGGUGCAGCGCGGCCGGGCGGCUGGCGAAGGGGGCGCCGAGGCGGCGGGUGGAUGAGAGGUGGCCCCGAUCUCCGCGCAGGGGACUCCAAGCGUCAUGUUAAGGUAAAGCAGAGGGGCUCAGUGCUGAACAUGCUAAGGAGGCUGGACAGAAUCAGGUUCAGAGGUCACAAGAGAGAUGACUUCCUUGAUCUAGCAGAGUCUCCAAACGCCUCAGACACCGAAUGCGGAGACGAAACGCCCCUGAAGAUACCUCGGACCUCGCCCCGGGACAGUGACGAGUUGAAGGACCCCCCUGAGAGCUGUGUUGUGACCGUCGAGAGGCUUAGCGUCACGCUUCCGGUUUUGCCUUUACUGUUGCUGAAAGUCGGCCUCACCGGGGCUCUGAGGAUGUCCCCGUCGUCUGAAAUGUCCCUUCCACCGACAGGCGAAGCCGAGGUGAACUGA